AUGCAGAAGUCCCGGGCCAUCCAGUCCGCCCUAGGGCCACGCGCCUUCGCUGCCCCUCGUUUCCACGUUCAGUUCCAGCGCAACCUCCAAGAUGUUGCCAUUACUCGCACCGGAAAGCCGAUCUUGAAGGUCCAAGGUGGCCGGUACCGCACCCUCGUCACCUCGACCCUAUACUCGCUUCGAUUGGCUCACCAUGGAACUCUAGGUUAUACUGCCACCGUCUUCGGUGCCACUGGCUUCUUGGGUCGCUACAUUGUCAACAAACUCGCUACCCAGGGUUGCACCGUUGUGGUCCCUUACCGCGAGGAGAUGGCCAAGCGUCACUUGAAGGUCACCGGUGAUCUCGGCCGUGUUAACUUUAUCGAAUACGACCUGCGCAACACGCAGUCCAUCGAGGAGGCCGUUCGUCACUCCGAUAUCGUCUACAACCUUGUUGGUCGCCAACAUCCCACCAAGAACUUCUCCUACACUGAUGUCCACGUGGACGGCGCUGAGCGCAUCGCCGAGGCUGUCGCUAAAUACGAUAUCGACCGGUUCGUCCAUGUUUCUUCCUACAAUGCCAGCCGGGACUCCCCCUCCGAGUUCUUCGCCACAAAGGCGUGGGGUGAGGAGGUCGUCCGCUCCAUCUACCCCGAGACCACCAUCGUGCGACCGGCCCCUCUUUUCGGCUUCGAAGACAAUCUCCUGCACAAGCUCGCUGGUGUCACCAACUUGCUCACUGCCAACCACAUGCAGGAGCGCUACUGGCCCGUUCACGCCAUUGAUGUCGGUCAUGCGCUGGAGCGGAUGCUGCACGAUGACAGCACUGCCGGCCAGACCUUCGAGCUUUACGGUCCCAAGAAUUACUCGACCGCCGAGAUCGCUGAGCUCGUCGACCGUGAGAUCAUCAAGAAGCGCCGCCAUAUCAACCUCCCUAAGGCUGUCUUCAAGCCUCUUGCCCACAACCUCAACAAGUUCCUGUGGUGGCCCACCAUUUCCGCCGACGAGGUGGAGCGUGAGUUUAUCGACCAGGUUAUCGACCCCACAGCCAAGACCUUCAAGGACCUAGGCAUGACCGAGACCUCCGAUCUGGCUGACCUGACCUUCCACUACUUGCAAGGAUACCGUAGCGCAUCCUACUACGAUCUUCCCCCAGCCACCGAGCAGGAGCUGCAGGAGGAUAAGAAGUACGUGCAUGUGCUGGACAGCCAGUAG